GGAGGUCAUAGGUCAUACGGUAGCCCUCAAAACGUGAAUGUGCAGUAUUCUGUUGUUGUCAAACACGUAAAAAUGAGCUCUAUCGGAACAGGUUAUGAUCUCUCAGCUUCCCAGUUUUCACCCGACGGUCGAAUAUUCCAAGUAGAAUAUGCCAUCAAAGCAGUAGAAAACAGCGGCACUGCUGUUGGACUACGUUGUAAGGAUGGCGUUGUAUUUGCUGUGGAAAAGUUGGUCAAGUCAAAACUUUAUGAAUCUGGAGCAAAUCAAAGGAUCUUUAACGUAGACAGGCAUAUAGGAAUGGCUGUCGCUGGACUUCUAUCAGACGCUCGUCAGGUGUGUGAAAUUUCUAGGGAGGAGGCAGCCAACUACAGAAGUACAUUUGGCUCAGCAGUACCAUUGAAGAAAUUAGUAGAGAGUGUAUCGGGUUACGUACAUGCUUACACACUGUUUGGAUACGCCAGGCCUUUUGGUUCCAGUGUGAUGUAUGGAUCAUAUGAUAAAACUGGACCUAAUCUGUAUAUGGUGGAUCCUUCAGGAGUGUCAUAUGGAUAUUUUGGCUGUGCAAUUGGCAAAGCAAAGCAGACAGCAAAAACAGAAAUUGAAAAACUGCUCACCGCUGAAAAACAUGUAAAAGACAUGACCUGUAGGGAUGCUAUUAAGGAAGCUGCUAAAAUAAUAUAUUCUGUCCAUGAUGAAGUAAAAGAUAAAGCAUUUGAAUUGGAGUUGAGCUGGGUGGGCGAGGUGAGCAAUGGAAUUCAUCAGAUGGUACCAGCAGAAGUGGCCGCUGAGGCAGAAAAAUGCGCAAAGGAAUCAUUGGCAGAGUCAUCAAGUUCGGAAGAUGACGACUUAUAAAAACCAGAUUUUGUAUUUAGGAUUCAUGUUAUUUCGCUUAUUAAGUACAGCGUGUAGGGCCAACAUUUGUGUUUGCAAAAAAUACUACUGUUGUCUACCACUUACAAACUUUUGUGUCAAGGUGUAACAGACGGCGCAAUGCAAGUAAUUUCGUGGACAACUUUUGGAUUGUCAAUUAAAAAUGCUGGCGUCUCACUCAGUUCCACAGACAGUCCACUGGCUAUCUGGAAUGAUUUUUUUUUUACUAGAAAAAGCAUAAAAUGCAUUUUUUUUUUAUCAAGUUUUUUCAAUCUGGAUUUGAAUAUAAACCAUACCGUUCCCUGCGUGGUGAACAUGAUAAUAGACAAUUCUGUGACAGCACUACUUGCGCCAAGCAAUUAGUGCGGGGGUCAGACUUCAGAAUGCUGGGGAUGCUGUUUUCUAGAGUAUACCAUAUAGUCAUGAGAAAUUAAAGCCAGUAACAGAUGGACUAGUCUGUUUGCUAUAGUUGCUGAAUAGCACAGAUAUUUCAGCACUAGAAUGAUGUCCGAAAAUGGGUUAUUUUGUGCAAAAAUUGUGAGGCAUCUAUUUCAUUCAUCAUUGGAAAAGGCCUUCUUUUAUUUAUGAUUGCUAAAUUAAUACUCGACAAAUAACAUGAAUACUGGUGUUUGUCUUCAGUGACUACCAUUAAUUGGUAGGAUUAAAUGUUAUUAUGGCUAAUAUUAAAAAAUAGUUCCCCCAAAAUGCUUUGAAGCAGUAUUCUAUACCCGUUACAGCUAAAAAACACCAUUGUUGUUAGGAUUGUUGAUUGUUUUGAUAUAUUGACCCUGAUCUACAUAAUAUUUAAUAGAAAUGAUAAUAUUUGUCAAUACUUAAACACAAAUUGAGAAUAAAAAUUUAUAAUAUGACAGAAUACAUGA